GAUUACUUAGCCAUGUUUUGUGCUUGCGUUCUUCCUCAGCGAAGGGUCGAAAAGGAGUAGCAACGAUACACGGUGUAGCGCAGUAGGUUCGCAGCUGCUCUGAGACUUUGUUUUGUUCCGCCCAUAACACGCCCAUCUUCUCACCAUAAAUAGUGCCAGUCAGACAGAGGUGCCCGCUCCUCUCUCCCCGCUGUUACCUGCUCCCAGGACCGAGGUGCCUGCCCUACCCAGCCCGGUGUUAGCCGACAAUGGAGACAGAAAUUGAGCAACAAGAAAAAGAGACCUCAUUCAGCAACACAGAGACAAACGGUAAGCGUCCCGCAGAGGACGCGGAGGAAGAGCAGUCCUUUAAGCGCUCCAGGAACACAGACGACAUGGUGGAGCUCCGCAUUCUCCUGCAGAGCAAAAAUGCAGGAGCAGUGAUUGGGAAGGGUGGUAAAAACAUCAAAUCCCUGCGCACAGACUUCAAUGCCAGUGUGUCAGUCCCAGACAGCAGUGGGCCUGAGCGCAUUCUGAGCAUCAGUGCUGAAAUCGAGACCGUGGGAGAGAUCCUGCUCAAGAUCAUCCCUACUCUGGAGGAGUACCAACAGUACAAUGGGAUGGACUUUGACUGUGAGCUGAGGCUACUGAUCCACCAGAGCCUGGCAGGUAGCAUCAUUGGUGUGAAGGGAGCCAAGAUCAAAGAGUUACGAGAGAACACCCAGACCAGCAUCAAGCUGUUCCAGGAAUGCUGUCCCCAGUCCACGGACCGCGUGGUUCUGGUCGGCGGCAAGUCUGAGCGCGUCGUUGAGUGCAUUAAGAUUAUGCUGGAGCUCAUCGCUGAGGCUCCCAUAAAAGGGCGCGCCCAGCCCUACGACCCCAACUUCUACGACGAGACAUACGACUACGGCGGCUUCACCCCGAUGUUUGAGGAGCGCGGGGGUGGCGGCAGCCGGCGCCCCAUGGGGGGCUUCCACAUGCGAGGGGGACGAGGUGGCGGAGGUUUUGACCGAGGGCCCUCUGGACGAGGGGGUCGAGGGGGGCCCAUGCCCCCCGCCCGCAGGGACUACGAGGAGAUGAGCCCCCGUCGUGGACCCCCGCCUCCCCAUCCAGUGAGAGGGGGGAGGGGUGAGAGCCGUGGCCGCAACCUGGCCCCACCACACAGAGGAGGAGGAGAUGACCAGUACUCCUAUGACUCCUAUCGGGGCAGUGCAGAUGCCAGACCCAACAGUGACCGAAGAGGGAGACCAGGAGAUCGCUAUGGCGAUAACAUGGGUGGGGGUGGAUUUGACAACAACUCUUCCUGGGACUCCUAUCAAUCUGGUGGACGCGGUUCCUAUAAUGAUAUGGGAGGGCCAGUCAUCACCACACAAGUGACGAUCCCCAAAGAUCUGGCCGGCUCCAUCAUCGGUAAGGGAGGUCAGAGGAUCAAGCAGAUCCGGCAUGAGUCUGGCGCCUCCAUUAAGAUCGACGAGCCACUGGAGGGUUCUGAGGAUCGCAUCAUCACCAUCAGCGGCACCCAGGACCAGAUCCAAAACGCUCAGUACCUAUUGCAGAAUAGCGCACUGCACCUGCUCGGACACCAGGACUAACCCUCGCCUCCGACUAGGCCCGCAUCACGUGCUCUCUCCCUGUCUCAGACUCUCCCAACCACCUCUCCCACCCCCAACCCCUCUAUAUAUCUUUAUUGACUCCUGUGAAUUUUCUUUUUACUCUUUCAGUGUGAAGCAGUACUCUGGUCAGUUCCUCUAAACCAGGAGACUCAGAUUGAAGCAAAUCCUUCCGAUCCCCAUCUUAUUGUCCCGGUUUGUGGGCAUUUUGUUAAUGUUUUUAUUUUAAGGUCCAACAUUCCUAUGUUAAAUGUAGACGUUCUGCAUUUUUUGUGUAGUUUUCUACUCCAUCUCUUGUAUUUGUAUAAAAUAAAAUAAACAUUUGUCAAAAUAUUUGGACUUGCCUGACAGACAAGUGAACAUUAUCUUUAUUUUUGGAUGGGUUGAUUUCUAUGGUGUGUUUGUCAGUAGAGUACGACUGUCCCAUGUGUGUGUUCUUUCUGUCGGUAUUGGAGUUUCUCACACACACCCCUUACCACCACUCCGUGCAACAUGCAGAAUGUACGACUUUUUUUUUUAAAGGAACGUUUUUAUUAU